UUUCUGUUUUGGUUUUGUGUGAAUUGGUGAUUCCAAGAGGCUCAGAAAAAGGGCAACUGCGCUAUUCGUAAAUCGAUAACUGUAGAAAGCAUCGAUUCUAUCUGUCUUAUUGUUGCUGUGAUAUUUUCUAGUUGUUACUGAAACCAUAUUGGUCAUUGGCCACCCUUUUGAAUUCUGGUUGAGGGAUUGAAGUGAAAUUAUAGGUAGAGGAGAGGAUGGCUUGUAGGGGUUGCUGGGAGUGCCUUUUGAAGCUUUUGAACUUCUUAAUGACCCUUGCUGGUCUUGCCAUGGUGGGCUACGGGAUUUAUCUGCUGGUUGCAUACAGUAAAGUUUCGGAUAGUACUUUGACUGUUUCUACUGUCGGUGAUGAUCAAACUCUAGUUCAACUUGGCCGACCAAUGCUGAUGGCUGCGUCUCUGUCUGACAAUAUUUUUGAUGAUUUGCCUAAGGCUUGGUUUAUUUACUUAUUCAUUGGCAUUGGGGUAAUUCUCUUUGUCAUUUCUUGUUUUGGUUGUAUUGGAGCUGUGACAAGGAAUGGGUGCUGCUUGAGCUUUUAUUCAGUUUUGGUGGUAUUGUUGAUCUUGGUUGAGCUGGGAUGUGCAGCCUUUAUAUUUUUUGAUAAAAGCUGGAAAGAAGAAAUUCCAACGGACAAAACUGGAGAUUUUGAUAUGAUAUAUCAAUUUCUGAGAGGGAACUGGAAUAUUGUGAAAUGGGUCGCUCUUGGAAUUGUGAUCUUUGAGGCUCUUCUUUUCGUGUUAGCCCUUAUUGUUAGGGCUGCAAAUAGGCCAGCAGAUUAUGAUAGUGAUGAAGAGUUCGUUCCAAGGCAGCAAGUCCGUCAGCCUUUGCUCAACAGACCAGCAGGUCCUGCAACUGGUGUACCAGUUGCUGGCACAAUUGAUCAGCGUCCAGGCAGAACUGAUGCAUGGAGUGCACGGAUGAGGGAGAAGUAUGGGCUGGAUACUUCGGAAUUUACAUACAACCCAUCCGAGUCAAACAGGUUCCAGCAAGUAAACUCACAGCCAACUGAAGAAAGGAGCCGUUGCACUAUCAUGUGAUCACUAUUGCUACAAAACCACAGCAAGUUGAAUUUCAAGUAUUGUUUUAGUGGUUAAUGACGUUGAGGCUAGAAGUUUGUCAGAAAAAUCUUUUUCUUUCGCCAAGUUUGUGUAUCACUUGCACUGGAUGUCCAUCACUUUUUUCCCAUGACAUGGCAACAUCAUCUUUAUUUUGUUGUGUAACAUUCUGCUGAGUGAGACAUCAGAAUUUAUUGUGUUGUUGCUCAUGUUCACAGUUUAGGGGGUAAAUGAAGUCAUUAAUUGUCAUUCGUGAUGAUGUCAAUAUUCUUGGCUCCAAACAUGUUUUUUUUGUUUUGUUUUGUUUUGUUUUGAAAACAAACAUGUGCUUUCUAUCACCCUUAUUUUGAAGUCAUCGCUAAUUGGUUAUGUCGUGUGUA